CGCUCUCCUCUGCAGGGCAAUGGCGGAAUGAUGCCAGCGGACCUGACGGCUCUUACCGCUGCCGCUUCUCUCCUCUGCUUCCUCUGCGUGUGUUUCGGCUACCGACGAACAGGACGCGCGCUGUGGAGGAAGCUGUCCACGGGCGUCAUGGCGCGCACCGGGAAGCCGCUGUUCCGCAUCGCGUACGCACUGUACACCAGCACCAGACUGGGCUCCAUGUACUACAAGAGGCAAUUGAGAAAAGCCCGGGAGCAAUACCCCACUGGACAUUCCACCGCUCGCCCCACGCUGCUCAAUGAUAUUAAGAUAAUCCCCAUCCCAGUGCUGUCUGACAACUACAGCUAUCUGGUCAUUGACACAGCCUCCAGUGUUGCAGUGGUUGUUGACCCUGCAGACCCUCAGACAGUGCAGGCUGUCCUCGAGGAAGAGGGAGUGAUGUUAGAAGCAAUACUCUGCACACACAAGCACUGGGAUCACAGUGGGGGAAACAAAGAGUUAAAAAAGCUUCACAGCUCCUGUCGAGUUUAUGGAAAUGCAGCCGAUAACAUUCCUGGCCUCACGCACCCUCUCUCACACAAGGAAUCUGUAACAGUUGGCCGUAUGCACUUUAAGGCACUCUUCACUCCUGGACACACAGUGGGUCACAUGAUCUACCUCCUGGAAGGACAAGCGGCCGGCUCCCCCCCCUGCCUCUUCUCGGGCGACCUGGUCUUCCUCUCAGGAUGCGGGAGGAUGUUUGAAGGCAACGCGACAACAAUGCUGUCAUCUCUGGACACAGUCAGCGCUUUAAGUGAUGAUACGCUAUUAUGGCCGGGUCAUGAGUAUGCAGAAGACAACCUGCUGUUCGGCGCUGAGGUUGAGCCACACAACACUGUCAGGGAAAACAAAUAUCAGUGGGUGCUGCAGCAGCGAGGCCAGAAGCUGUGCACGUGUCCCUCCACUAUCGGGGAAGAGAAGCUGUACAAUCCUUUCCUGCGCAGCCACUCUACUGACCUCCAUCUGACCCUGGGCCUCCAGCAGCUCCAGGACGAGGACUGGACCCAGUACAGGGCUCGUGUGCUGGAGGGGCUGCGGAAACGCAAAGACCUCUUCAACAGGAAGUAGUACCAGCGGGCGUUCACUUAACAGCAGGGAACACAGCGGCGAGCUCACCGGGGACAGUGGUACAAAAAGCAGUGGUUUGAAGUAAUAAAAUCAUUAAGGCUGGGCUCAGAGGUACUGUACAAACACCUGACCGAUUUGGAAUGUUCAAAGGGUCAUAUUUAAUAAUUUUUUACAUGUAUCAACCUGUAGUGAACCUUAGGAUAAAAUCACACUUUUGUUAUUGCAUAAUCUAAACUCUAAUAAUCCUGUUACCUCUCCACAUGCGGUACAUUGUGGUAAUUCUGUGUUCAUAGACAGAGUAGUGCUCAUGUAUUGCCUCUUUAAGAUGCCUUUAAUAGAGGCAUAAACCAUAAUGUAGUACUGUCCUGUCUUUAGUAGUAGGUAUAACCAGAUUUUUCCUUCUGGUGUGUGGAACACCGGGUGGCCACGUGAGGUACUGUAUUGUCUACUACACACCCUGGUUUGUUUUUAGGACGAGUCGUCCAAACCUUUGGGAAGAUGCUGUAUUUGAUUCGAUGGUUUCACAUUCAAAUGCUGCUGAAGAGUAAUAAGCUUCUCUGUGGAAUAUGUGACUUUUUGACUUUUUGAUUUUAAAUUGUUAUAACAAUUGUUCUGAUAGCAACAAGAGGCGUUUCCUGUUUCAAGCGCUUUGGUGCACAACAACAGGCUGAGUCCCAACAGAGCCGAGCAAAGUGACUUCAGGAACUUGAAUCUGGUUUUAAAGGAGUGAGACCAGUCGGAUCUUUGUUUCAUCAUCACAUAGCCUGCAGAAAUUUCAUAAUAGCACACUCAACAUUCCACCAUUUGUCCCUCCUCUGUCAUUUUUUACCCUUAAAUGCAUCUUCUGCUAAUCUCUCCUUAUAAUCAUUUUCACAUAAUUUACAAUUACAGAGCCAUGUCUCAUGAUCUAGCUCAUUCCAGCUCACGUCAACUUGCCAUGGAAUAAUAAUAAUAAUAAUUAUAAUAACAACACGCCUUUGGUUUUGGUACAUUUUUUAUGAUAGCAAAAAUAUGAGGGAAAAAGUUGUACCCUAGCCUGAGAGGUGAAUGGUUUUUUUGCUGUAUCAAUGAGCCAAUUUAGUUUUGACCUGAAACACAUCUGCUAAACAUUACUUAAUAACAGUGCAUGUGAUUAUUUGCCCUGAACAUUUUAUUCAAUCUUUCACUCAUGGAAACAUGGAUCUAUGUGCUAGUGGGCCAAAGGUGAAUCAUAUGUCCAGUCAAGACUAGAAGAAUUGAAUGUGUCUCCCAGAAAAAUACUUUCGCUGAACUUAUUGUACAUUUAGAUUUGUAUUUUUGAAAUGUUUGCAGUGGCACUACAUAGACAGAGAGGUAUUGCAUUGUUGUGCUUGACUGAAUUGUUGGAAGAGUCUGUCAGUGUUUGAUAAGUCACGAUGAAGGUUAAGGUACAGACCGACGUUGAAUCAAGUUCUUGAUGGUUGAUGGUUAAAAUUUGUCAGUUUUAAGUUAUUAAUUAGUUAUUAAUAUUUCGUUAUUCAUUCCUACUUUGACCCUCAAAUGAAGGAAUGUUUUAUAAACCUGUUAAAUCCCAAAUAAAACACAUUUUUAAUAUUUUGAAGGCUCUUUUAUACUGUGACUGUAUAGAAGAGGAGUUAUUAGUUAUCUAUUGCAAUAAACAUUGUCAUCUGUUGCUUUUCCGUGUCUUUAAAUGUCUCUCUUUCUGAAAGAGCCUCUGUCGAGGUGGCAAUGGGUCACAAAGCAAAGAAAUAAACCCUGAAACUUUUGACAUGAA